CCCGAGAAGGAAAAAAGGACAUGUGGUACAUUUUAUCCGGUAUUAAAAAUACUGUUCCAAAGGGAUAGAAAAAGUAGUUUUAUGUGAUUCUCGAUUAUCUUUGACAAGUAUUUAGGACAUAAACGCGAGCGAAGCUGCGGGUAAACCCUAGUGAGUUAUGAAAGUGCAAAAAGGGUACGUGUAUCCUUAGUCGCAAAAUAUCGAUUGAAAUGAGUAGUCAGUAGUAACCGCACACUAAACAAAUCCGGAAAGCCAAGUAUGAUGGAAUAGCAUCACGAAAAAAUCAUGGAAAAGCCAAUUCGUCCCGUGUUUAGUUUUGAAUUAAAUUAUGAGUUUCUUCCUGGAAUUAUUACCAUUGGAAAGUACGAUGGUACACAUCCUUGCCUUACCAUGGCGACAACUGACGAUAAGGUUCUUAUUCAUAGUCCCCACAAAAGAGUAAGUGGUACAUCUACGGGAAAUAUUAUCAUAUCAGAAUCUAAUAAAGAAGUUUCAACGCUGAACAUCAACCAAGCAGUAACUGCAUUGGUUGCAGGGAAAAUUAUUCCCAAUGAAAAUAAAGACAUUCUUCUAAUAGGAACUAACACGCAUCUGCUGGCUUAUAACGUCCACGACAACAAGGACGUGUUUUAUCAAGAUUGUCCGGAUAGCGUGAAAACUAUUCGUUUUGGAACAAUGUCUGAACCCAAUAAGCCCGUUAUCUUCGUGGGUGGUAAUUCAACAGUUCGCGGCUUCGACCAUGCGGGAUUGGAAGUGUAUUGGCUCGCUAUAGGCGAUACUGUUACUUCGAUAUUGUUGUUAGAUUUCAACAGAGAUGGCUUCAACGAGCUAAUGGUGUGUACAGAAGACUAUACGAUUAAAGUUUACAAAGACAGUAAAAUGAUAGCCGAAAGUUUAGAAACAGGGGUUGUAACUGUUUUAACAGCAUUACCAGAAAAUAGAUUUGCAUACGCACUUAGUAACGGAACAGUUGGUGUUUACGAAUUGGAUGUAAGACUAUGGAGAGUUAAGUCAAAGAAUAAUGUGAUCUCAUGUUUCGGGUAUGACUUGUUAGCCCAAGGAACGGCACAGUUAAUUACAGGAUGGUCCAAUGGCAAAAUUGAUUGCAGAUUAAUCAAAACAGGCGAAAUUCUAUUUAAAGACGUGCUAGAACAUGGUAUUGCAGGAAUUAUUGAGGCAGACUAUAGAUCAAAUGGAAAAUCCGAUUUAAUCGUUGCUACCAUCAAUGGAACGAUUAAGGGAUUCAGUACAACAAAACCUGCAGCAAUUAUGUAUACGGUUGAACAACAAGAAGAAGCAAUAAAAGAAUUGUUGGCUGAAAAGCAGAAACUUUUAGAUGAAAUGAAAACUAACGAAAAGUUGAAAAUUAAAAAUGGUGACCGAGUUUAUUUAGAAGAUGACUUAAUUUCUUCUGGUAUAAUACCAGCGAACACAAAACUUAGUGUAAUAAUUUCAAAUGAAGAUCCCAACAAGCACCAUUUAGAACUCAUAUUAAUGACAAAUAAUCUAACAAUAAUAAAAGCAGCUAUAAUAUUUGCUGAAGGAUUUUUUGACGACGAUAUCCUCACAGUAAAUCCACCCCCGUCAAAGCUCAGUUCGCUUUUGGUGAUCCCUUUAGAAUUGCCGAAAGACGUAGCAGGAACGUUUUUAAUAAAAGCCCUGGUUGGUUAUCCUGCAAGCGAAAAAUUCCAUGUAUUUGAAUUUGUUCGUCAAAUACCCCGAUUUUCUAUGUACUGCAAACUUGAUGAUAAACCUGAGACUUUACCGAAAGGAUUUGUAGAAUUUGAAAUUCAUGAACGUUUGCAAAGAAUUUGUAUGUGGAUCAAUCAAAAUUUCAUGUUUUCACCUGAAAUAGAGUACGAUGGUAAGACGAAAUUGUGCGUCAACUUUAAAUGCCUCAGAGAUGAAGGCUUCUUACAACUUUGUUUCGAAAAUAACGGAAAACACAAGAUUUGUGCAGAAAGCGUUGCUUUAGCAUCAGAUAUAAUUCAGUCUUUAGCUGCAUUUUGUAAAUUAGAAAGUUUAAAGUCAACAGCCUACUUCCCAAAAGAAGAAGAAAAGCUAUUAAAACUAAUGAAAGAUUUGGAAGAAAUUCAAAGUUCAAAGGUAAAACUAAAUGCAGACGUUGCCCAGAAAUUAGGAGAAGCGCGUACACUUUUGAUAAGAGCCGAAGACAGUAGAAUUAACUCUGUAAUGGAUAUGGGAAAAUAUUACUAUGAUCUGACACUGCUAAAUAAGGAACUUAUUAAUGGACAUAAUAUUAGAGUAAAAAAUCACCAGGAAGGAAUGACAGCAAUGAAAACAAUUAAUAUUAUAAUCCAAAAGGCUUCUAGAUUACGAGUGGGCCAAGACGCUGCACGCGUAAUAAAUGACUGCAAAAUUGCAAUUCAAAAUAACAAUAUGGAUGGACUUAUAAGAGUAAUACGACAAGGAACAAACUAAAAAAAAAAUGGAAACGAAAAGACUUUUCCGAAAAACAUUUUUACCACUAUAAAUUAUUGUACGAUAUAACAAACGAAUAAAACAAGAGAAAUGUGUGUGUUCGAUUACAGUUAACAGUUGCCAUUGACAGUUAUGCGAUGCGUGCGCAACUUCCGUUG